AUGUCCAAGCCAGCCAUCGUUCCUGAUCUAAGCACUGCGGGUAUCGCGGUCGACCCGCGCACGCUCGAGCGUGUCAUUCCCGAGUCGCGCAGACCAGACGGCUCAGUUCGCAAACAGAUUAAGAUCCGUCCUGGGUUCACGCCCCAGGAGGACGUCCGCCGCUUCCGAGGCUCGCGUCAGCAGCAAUUGGACGCGACCGCUCUUCCCAAGGGGCAUGUCAUCGGCUGGACACCACCCCCUACCUCAUCUGCGCCCAAGCCAGGCGUUGCCGCCUCCGCCGCCCAAACCAAGGCGGCGAAGAAGAACGAGAAGCGAAAGGAGAAGCGAAAAGAGAAACGCGAGGUGGAGACAGUCAAGGACAGCUGGGAGGAUGAGGACGAGGAGUUGCCUGGCACGGGCGCGCAGGAUGGCAGCCACUCCGCUGAUAAGCCGAACUGGGCUGCGGCGCCGGAGACGAAGAAGAGCGUCGCGGUGAAGGAGAAGGGAGCGACGUCCCCAUCUGCGGAUGGCGAUGCCCAGCUGGCUGAGAAGUUGGAGAAACUGGAGGUGUAA